UGCACGCCAAACUUGGACCCGGUCAAGGGUGGAAGUUGGUGUUGGUGGCCCCGGUAGUUCGGGCAGGGAGAGAGAUGGAUCUCGCAUUAGGCUGGAGGAAAGUCUCCUUGGCGUCAGACUCCCUGGGGAGGGAGGGGUGCGAGGAACUUUGGGAACGGGGUCGUGAGGACCGAGGUCGUCGGGGAAAUACAGCUUGAGACUUUCAGGAAUCGGUCAUGGCUGGGGGUCGUGGGCUCCUGAGCUUUGGCGCUCUGGGGUGAGAGGUGGAGCCUGGGCGUUGAAAUGAGCCGACGUAGAGUUCAUUUCUUACCUACUCCAACCCCCGCCUCUGUUCUGCUAAUAGGGGACAGGUACUUCAUCUCUUAAUCCAAGACAGUGCCUUGCCACUAUUAGGCAUUCUUGAACGAAUGAAUUAUGUAUUAUGAACGCACGAACCAGAUUCUCGCUCAGCAAGGGGAACUUCUCCCGAACUUCAGGAUCUCUAUCUGAGUGUAGAAGUGACUUCAACGUAGUUUGCUAACCAGUGAUUUAUGAGGAUGCUGGGGGAGUAGAGAUUCAGAGCACUGUUGUUGUUUUGUGAGAUUAUUGAAACUUAUAAACUUGUUUUAAUAUUUCGAUGGUGGGGUAGAGGAUAAAGCGAUUAAUUCAGCUUCUUUCAGAUUCCUUUAUUUUUCUCGGAAGAACUUCAGGUAAUGAUGGGGGAGGAAUGAUAAGCUACGGUUGUAGCACUGAACUUCUAGUGUUCUAAGUACUUUCUUUUCAGCAGUAUAAACUUACUUUCCAUUUUCUUCAUGUUUUCUUUCUUACAUUGGGGUACUUCUUACAUUUGAGAGGUAAAUAAGAAAGAUUUCGUAACAAAGAUGAAAUUAAUUUAUAAAAAUCCAGUCAGAGGUUUCACCUGGUGUGUUCACAUAACAUAAACUCCUUCCACAGACUUGUAGGAGGCCUCCAAAAGAAUGAAUCCCUGAAGAUUAAAUUGUCUUCUUCAUAAAAUAUUUGUCUAGGUGUCUUAAAUGUGAUGAAGAGUGGCCAUAGACCUAAAGAACAAGUGCUGUAACCGGAUUGGUUUUGAUUGUCAAGUGGAAAAAAGUGCAGAGGACAGACACAUCAGGCUGUGUAAUGGAUCAUUUUCUGGAUGCAGUGAUUUUGUUUUUGCAGAACACUGAUAUCUAUGGACGCUAACAUGGACUUCAUUUAAAGAAAUCCACGGACCAUAAAUGGACAAAAACAUGAAUCAGUUUAUGUUGUGGCAUUCAAAUCCUAGCACUUUGGGAAAGCAUCAAGUACAAGUUUUUGAAGACCCUGGGGCCUACCAUCAUUAUGCAUUCAAGAUUUGAGUUUGAAUAACUUCUUCAAGACUUAGAUCCUCUUCAAAAGCCUCAAGUCUCAUCUGCAUUAAAGCUCUCCAUUGAACCCUCUCACAAAAGAGCAUAGAGCAGAACAUUUCACACUGCAUCCCACCUGACCCUGGCAACCACCAUUCUCCUUCCUGUUUUUGUGAGUUUGACUGCUUUAGAUACCUCAUGUUCUGGAGCCCUCUCUUGCAUCAGAAUUCUGUCCCAGUAAUCCUCUGAGUGUCAUCUCAGGACCCUGGGCACACUCAUGGCACCAUGGCCAACCCUCAGGAGCACCUGAGCUGCUCCUCUUCCUCACACUUACCCUCAAGUGAAAGCAGAACCUUCAACGGACUACAAGAUGAACUCACUCCUGUGGGGAGCCACCCAUCACCCAAGCUCCUUAAGGACCAGCAGGAAAAGGGGGUGGUACAAACAGAGCUAACCGAGAGCAUGAACUGCCCCAUCACCACAACAGUGUUGACAAGCGUGAGUGAGGAUUCCAGGGACCAGUUUGAGAACAGCGUUCUUCAGCUAAGGGAACAAGAUGAAUCAGAGAUGGCCAUGUCUCAGGGGAACAGCAACACCGUGGAUGGAGAGAGCACAAGUGGAACUGAAGACGUCAAGAUUCAGUUCAGCAGGUCGGGCAGCGGCAGUGGUGGGUUUCUGGAAGGACUGUUUGGAUGCUUAAGGCCUGUCUGGAAUAUCAUUGGGAAGGCAUAUUCCACUGAUUACAAAUUACAGCAGCAAGAUACUUGGGAGGUGCCGUUCGAGGAGAUCUCAGAGCUGCAGUGGCUGGGUAGUGGAGCCCAAGGCGCUGUCUUCUUGGGCAAGUUCCGAGCGGAGGAGGUGGCCAUCAAGAAAGUGAGAGAACAGAAUGAGACGGAUAUCAAGCAUUUGAGGAAGUUGAAGCACCCUAACAUCAUCGCUUUCAAGGGCGUUUGUACUCAGGCCCCCUGUUACUGCAUCAUCAUGGAAUACUGUGCCCACGGACAACUCUAUGAGGUUUUGCGAGCCGGCAGGAAGAUCACACCUCGAUUGCUAGUGGACUGGUCCACGGGAAUUGCAAGUGGAAUGAAUUAUUUGCACCUCCAUAAAAUUAUUCAUCGUGAUCUCAAAUCACCUAAUGUUUUGGUGACUCACACAGAUGCGGUAAAGAUUUCAGAUUUUGGCACAUCUAAGGAACUCAGUGACAAAAGUACCAAGAUGUCCUUCGCCGGCACGGUUGCAUGGAUGGCACCAGAGGUGAUACGGAAUGAACCUGUCUCUGAAAAAGUCGAUAUAUGGUCUUUCGGAGUGGUGCUUUGGGAGCUGCUGACAGGAGAGAUUCCUUACAAAGAUGUAGACUCUUCGGCCAUUAUUUGGGGUGUUGGAAGCAAUAGCCUACACCUUCCAGUUCCUUCCACUUGCCCUGAUGGAUUCAAAAUCCUUAUGAAACAGACGUGGCAGAGUAAACCUCGCAACCGGCCUUCUUUCCGGCAGACGCUCAUGCAUUUAGACAUUGCCUCUGCAGACGUUCUUGCUACCCCACAAGAAACCUACUUCAAGUCUCAGGCUGAAUGGAGAGAAGAGGUGAAAAAACACUUUGAGAAGAUCAAAAGUGAGGGAACUUGUAUACACCGAUUAGAUGAAGAACUGAUUCGGAGGCGCAGAGAAGAGCUCAGGCAUGCUCUGGAUAUUCGUGAACACUAUGAGAGAAAACUUGAGCGGGCUAAUAAUUUAUACAUGGAACUGAGUGCUAUCAUGCUGCAGCUAGAAAUGCGGGAGAAGGAGCUCAUUAAGCGUGAGCAAGCAGUGGAAAAGAAGUAUCCUGGAACCUACAAACGACACCCCGUCCGUCCAAUAAUCCACCCCAAUGCCAUGGAGAAACUCAUGAAGAGGAAAGGCACACCUCAUAAAUCAGGGAUGCAGACCAAACGGCCAGAUCUGCUGAGAUCUGAAGGUAUCCCCAGUGUGGAGGUGGUUCCCGCUGCUUCCCCUUUGUCCGGAAGUCCCAAAAUGUCCACCUCAAGCAGCAAGAGCCGCUAUCGGAGCAAACCACGCCACCGCCGAGGGAAUAGCAGAGGCAGCCAUGGUGACUUCGCAGGGAUCUUGAAAAACCAGCCAGCGCAGGAAAAUUCACCGCAUCCCACUUAUCUACACCACGCUCCGUCCCAGUACCCUUCUCCCCAUCACCAUCAUCCUCCACAGCGGCAGUACCAGCAAGCCCCUCCUGCCGUGUCUCAGAGUCACCAUCCCAGACUCAAUAUGCACGGACAGGACAUUGCGACCUGCGCCAACAACCUGAGAUAUUUUGGCCCAGCAGCAGCCCUGCGGAGCCCACUCAGCAACCAUGCUCAAAGACAGAUGCCUGGCUCCAGCCCUGAUCUCAUCUCCACGGCCAUGGCAGCAGAUUGCUGGAGAAGCUCUGAGCCCGACGAGGGCCCAGCCAGCCCCUGGGGCUGUUGUCAGGCUGAGCCUUAUGAGCCCUGCCUCCAGUGCAGGCCAGAACAGUGUGGGUCCCUAGACAUACCCUCUGCUGAGCCAGUGGGGAGGAGCCCUGACCUUUUCAAGUCACCAGCACAAAAUCCCCUCUCGGAAGAUGCCCAAGGUUCCGAGGAAAUGGAAGAAAAUGAAUUCAAAGGCUGUAGGUCUGCGUCAUCCCUUGGCAUCCCUCAUCACAUCACCCCCCCAAUGCUACCUCGAAACACAAGGCCCCUGCAAAAGAGUGGAGAUGACUCCUCUGAAGAGGAAGAAGGGGAAGUAGAUAGUGAAGUUGAAUUUCCACGAAGACAGAGGCCCCAUCGCUGUAUCAGCAGCUGCCAGUCGUAUUCCACCUUUAGCUCUGAGAAUUUCUCUGUGUCUGAUGGAGAGGAGGGAAAUACCAGCGACCACUCCAACAGUCCUGAUGAGGUAGCGGACAAACUUGAAGACCGCCUGGCGGAGAAGCUAGAUGACCUGCUGUCCCAGACGCCAGAGAUCCCCAUUGAGAUAUCCUCGCAUUCAGACGGGCUCUCUGACAAGGAGUGCGCUGUGCGCCGCGUGAAGACGCAGAUGUCCCUGGGCAAGCUGUGCGCAGAGGAACGUGGCUACGAGAAUCCUAUGCAGUUUGAAGAAUCGGACUGUGACUCUUCCGAUGGAGAGUGUUCUGAUGCCACAGUUAGGACCAAUAAACACUACAGCUCUGCUACUUGGUAAUGGAGGAAAACCCAUCCUGAAGAUCUCAUGACUAUACUGGCAUUUCAGAUCGUUCCCCCCCUCCCCCCAGACUCUUUCCCCUCUCUCCUUGCUUUUUUGUCUGGGAAGAGAGCUGCCCCAUCUUUCUUACCCCUAGAAAUGAGCUGCAAUAACAGGAACAUGAGACUUCGCAAAUCUCUGGAAAAAAAUAUCCAAAUGAAAUUAAGUCUCACUGAACAUUUCAAUCAAGAAUGGCAGGGAUCUAUUUUAUUGAAUAUUCUAGCUACUGUAACAUUGAUAUUUAUUUUUGUUUGACAUUUUAACACUUUGUACUGUAAAGAGUGAACUAUAUAUGAUAUAUAGGGAGAGACAAUAAUUCUUGCAAAAAAAAAAAAGAGAGAGUGAGAGAGAGAUAAAGGAAGAAAGAAGUGGAAUUUAGGAGCAACAUCGUUGGGAAUUUGUGGGGCCAGGAGGUAUUACUGCUACUUGAACAGGGGACCAGUUUUUUGGCCAUAAGUGACUGAAGAAGAGCCAGAGCAAGACAUAUGGAUUAUUUUAGAAAACAAAGAACAACGAAGGAAAAGCAAUUCCAGGUAACUUGUGAACAGACCACAUUAAGUUCAACCAGCUUGUCCAAACAGGUGAUGGAAAUGGCCUAGAAAAGAUUGAUGACCAGAUACUUGCACCCAAGGCCUUUGAGGGCAUGUGCUUACUCUAGGAGGAAAAAGACAACUACACCUGUGGAAGCUGAUUUCAUUUUAAAAAUCUGAAGCAGCAUCUGGUAGUGAGACUUACAGAUAGCGUCAAACCUUGUCUCUGACAAAUACUUCCCUUUUUAAUGCUGUCAUCGUCAUGACCUUGACAAACGUGUGACCUUGACCAGUGUGUUGAUUUUUCAGACUCAAGUGCCAUUUUCUUGUAGCCUAUUUCCUUUCCACCUGUUGACCACUUCCUUUAGGAAAAAAGGCGGGGGGUGGGGUGCUGAUAAGAGAAAAAGGGGAUUUACAACAGUAUUAGAAAAGCAAAUGUGGAAUUUGUGAAAGUACAUUCUAACAGUGUCUCAGUUCCACCUCGUGCAGAAGAUGGGACCGCCCCUCUGUGGAACCAGGUUGCUUGUCUACUAGAGUCAUAUUCAUUCAAACAGAACAGACUUUGAAGGCAGCUAGCACGUGUGUGAGUCUGUCCAGUGUCCAACCGCAAACCCCACCCCCCUCGUUUUCAUUCAUUAACUCAUUCCAUCCGGGAAGCUUUAGGGCCCGGCUACCCCUAGCAGGCACAAAGGCAAAAGAAGCGACUGGCAAAAGGCAACCCCUUUCCCACCACAACAGCAUUUUCCUGAAAUGCAACCUGUAAAGUGUAUUUUACUGCACUCCGGAUCAAUGCAGUUUGGAACAAUUGGAUUUGGAAAUUUCUGGAAAGAACUGAUGCCGAGCAGCAGUUAGAAAGAUCUGACACUGUCCAAGGCAUGAGGUCCUGCUUGGCUCCGGGGUCCUGGGCUUUGAAAAGCACCCCAAGGUACUUCAGGGUGCCUUGGCUUCAAGGAAAUUUUUAUCUAGAAUUUUAUAUAAAAACAGGUGUUGGCCUAGUUUCCAUCUCUUUCUCCAAGAAAGGUUACUGUCAAAUAACCUCUCUAGGCUCAAGACCUGAAGACCCUGGCUCAACUCUUUGACACUGCAUCACACUGGACGUUAGGAAAGACUUACACAUACAGGUAUUAAACUAUUUCCAACACAGAUGAAACUGUUGCCCCCCUUCCCUCGGUAUCACUGAU